AUGAGUGUUUCCGGGGUGGUGCGCAGAGCGGUGGUGUUCCCGCUCGUCAGGCUCAAAAGGAGAUCGCUCAAGUUUGUAUUUUUCUCCGGGCUGCUUGCACAGGCGAUCAUAGUCCUGCUGGUGCUCUACCGCAACGGUAAUGACGACUUGUCGUCGUCAUCGUCGUCUACGCCGAGUUUCAGGGAUAAGUUCAACGAGUUUGCUGCCCCAGUGAUGAACAUGCUCCCGGCUGCUGCACAGCAGCUGCAGCAGAAACCAGUGUCAAAACUCACCCAGGCAAAACAACUUUACAAAAAACUGACGUUCGAUUCGUCACCGGAUUGGAUAGACGAAUAUACACUCCAGAAUAGCUUGCUCACUUUGUCCACGGGACCGAACAGGUCGCAAAGACUGUCCAGUAUAGACGAUCUGGAAUUCUAUGACAGUGAUCCGCGGCUCAGUUGGUCCGUUUACAUGCAUUACUUGACCAACGUAACAAUGGCUGCGGACACGGAGGACGAUUCCAUCGACACAAACAAUCGGAAAAGUUUUGUCAUGCCCUUUUCCUGGUACGAUUGGGCUGACUUCCAUAACUUCAAUAAACUGGUCUCCGUAAGGGAAAAAUUCAAACAGAACCUGACUUGUGACUUAGUCUUACAGCCAACUUUCGAAAUCAACCUUUUGAGAGCCGUCGAGAAAGAUAUUGGAGAACAACUUUUCUUGACCGAUAGAGAGAAAUAUGACGAUAGGUUCUGGUACAGGGCCAAAUCAAAGGAGAGACACCCUCUAAAAUAUGCGAAAAAAUUCUGUAAGAUGCAUGAAAAGUACGAAAGUACUAAAUUCAACCUUCCUUGCGUCGUUACCAAGCUCGAAGGCAGUUUGAGACCAGAGGUGUACCAGAUCCACGCCAGAAGUUACAUCCUAAACUCGAUGGACCACCCAUUAUCGGUCACUUUCCUCGAGGGCGCAAAUAACUCGUACAGAGUCUAUGCGCAACAAAACCUUAGGGAGAACAUGGCAGAGUCGGGACUACUUCAUAAAUUUGUCAAAGAAAACACAGACGAGGAAUCCCCAGAUAACGAUAUCGUGUUUGACCACAUAUCCUAUUACGUAAAGUUUUUGGAAAGUGAUCGAGCUGCUAAAUUUAGAGUUGAAAUCCCGGGAUUGGCAACAGAAAACUACGACAAGUAUAAAGUCGAUCUAACGGCCGACGAUUUCAUCUUUGAUCCGAAAGCUAAAAUAAAGCAAUUAGAGAGUCAAGAACGCUUGGACAGACACGAAUCACACUAUCUGGACAGCUUGAAAAACUCAAUUUUGACACACUCUGCCCUAUGUCCCAAAUAUUUCAACGAAGCUACAGAAUUGAAGGGGCCUAGAGGCCACCACAGAGACGAACGAUUCUACAAUGGUGCAAGACUGGAGGACCCGCUACUCAACAAUGCCCGUAUGAACUCUCUAAUCAGAACGUUCCAAAAAUUUACAAAAUCUACAGGUCUGAUCUCGUGGUUGUCACAUGGUACGCUGUAUGGCCAGAUGUACAACGGCAUCUGCUUCCCAUGGGACGAUGACUUCGACCUGCAGAUGCCCAUCAAACAUCUGAAUCUCCUGGCACAGUACUUCAAUCAAAGUUUGAUCCUUGAAGAUCCCAGAGAGGGCAAUGGGCGGUACUUAGUCGACGUCGGAUCUUCAAUAACCACCAGAACGAAGGCCAACGGGAAGAAUAAUAUCGAUGCCAGAUUCAUCGACGUGGACUCCGGAUUGUACAUCGACAUAACAGGGCUGAGUGUCUCCACCGAAUUUUACAACAAGGGAUUAAACGACAUCAUCGACAAAUAUGACAUGUAUUCCGCCUACAAUGAAGUCAUGAAGAUGGACCCAUCAGAUAUACAUAACCCUGAUAUUGGUGAAGGGCUUGCCGCACUAAACGCAACCGCACUUCGAGAUUACGUCUUAGCGAAUAAGAAAGAGUUUGAUGAUUGGAAGGUUGACGGUGCGAAGGAACUCGCAGAAGAGGAAAAGAAGAUCUCUUGGUCUGAUUACCCUAUCAGUACUUUUGACCCUGGUAAAAGGUUUGAGUUUAAUAAAAAAUUGAACUUAGUCAACUGUAGAAACAAGCAUUUUGACACGAUCAAUAUGAUCUCUCCCCUCUAUUCGACGUAUUAUCACGGGGUACAGGCAUUCGUCCCGCACAAAUUAAUUUAUUCCUUGAGGAACGAGUACGGAGUUCCAGACAAAUAUGGAUUCCUUACCUAUGCAGGGCAUGUUUUUGUUCCAAAAUUCAAAGCAUGGAUUCCCUUCCAAUACCUGAAAAAGGCAGCUAAUAUUAACAACGGUUAUUCAACGUUGUUAUCGCUGAGUUCACCAGUCAACCGAUUGGAAUUCCCUGACGUGAGGAAGAUCUUCCAUAAUAUUGUGAUUGCAGGAUACAAAGACCUGCUGUCCUAUUUAGUCACCACAUUCGAAGUGUCCACAUUUAGAGUGAAGGAAUUGGAAAUACAGUAUGACCCGCUACUGGAUCCUGAUCGACGCGAAGAGGCUUUAACGUUUUUGAGACACGAAUUCGGGCCUAAGUUAACAUCACCCGUGAAGGAUGCUCUGCUGUACGAGUAUGAACUGAAGAAGUGGAAAGAAUUUAAAAAAAAUUUCUCUGAAGAACAACUGAAAGAGAUAGAAGAGUCGACGUCUUGGGAAAUUCUGGAUGAAAUCACAAAGAAAUACACCAUAUUUCACAGUCGCCACUGGUUCAAAAACCAAAUGGAUCCACUUGCCAGCCCUGAUUACGACAUCGAUACACUGGGUUUAGAUCUCUAUGAAGAAGUAGAUGAGAAUGGGGGUUCAAUAUUCAAGGAAGAACCACCCGAUAUCCAGGGUGCCGAAAAAGCACGGCUGAAAUUUAAGAAUGAGGCAAGAAAAAACGAAAUGGCCUUGAUCGACGAGGAAGAGAAAAAGAGAAAAGAAGAAAUCAGGAAGAAAAAGGAAGCGGAGAAAAAAGCAAAGGAGGAAGAGGAGAAAAGGAUUAUUGAAGAGAGACAGAAGGAAGAGGCGAAGAGAAAAGCUGAGAGAGAAAAGAAGGCAAAAGCUGAGGAAGAGGAAAGGAAAAAAACUGAAGAAGCGAAGAAGAAGCUUGAUGAAGAUAAGAAGAAGUUUGAAGAGGAGAAGAAAAAGGCUGCGGAAACAAACAAUGAUUCCCAAGAUCAGGGAGGAAAACCCAAAGAAGAAAACAAUACAAAGUCGUCCGAAGAAGUAAACAAAUCAAAGGAUGGAAAAAGUGACGGGAGUGUCCCCAACGAGGACACGAAGCAAUCAGAGGACCAAAAAGAUUCGAAAGAUACCAAAUCUGAACAAACGGAAAAGAAAGAAGGUCAAAAUGAUACCAAGGACAAAGACACGAAACCGGAACAAACGCACCAAGAAGAAAGUGGGAAGGACACAAAAGAUCCAAAAUCGGGACAAGCACAACAGAAAGAAGACCAAAAGGACCCCAAAGAUUCGAAAUCUGACCAAGCACAACAGAAUGAAGAUCAAAAGAAAAGCACCAACACUAAUGACGACUCAUCGAAACAACCCUGA